UGGACUACUCUGCGCAUGCGCGCUAAUCGCAACACCGGAAGUUGAACUCCUGGGUCUCCUGCAUGAGAAAAUGUCUGGUGUGGUGUGGUGUUCGCCUACAGCUUAAACAACUUACUUUAGCAUGAUUAGACACGUUUUCCUGACAGGUUCUCCAGGAGUGGGGAAAACCACACUAGUCCAGAAGGUGUGGGAGGCGAUAAGCUCAACAGGUGUGAGCAUCCACGGCUUCUGCACAGAGGAGGUCAGAGAAGGCGGGAGGAGAGUGGGAUUUGAUGUAGUCACAGUAAACGGCCAGAGAGGAAUCCUGGCCAGAGUCGGAACUACAGCCCCAUCUGGCAGACGUGAAUAUACUGUGGGCCAGUAUGUUGUCGAUCUGCCCUCGUUUGAGAGUCUUGCACUGCCGCUUUUCCAAAAUGCGAGCGAUGGAAGCAGGAAGGUGUUUGUAAUAGAUGAGAUUGGGAAGAUGGAGCUCUUCAGUCAGGCGUUUAUCCGAGCGGUGAGACAGACUCUGGACAGCAGGGACUGCACCAUCUUGGGAACAAUCCCUCUUCCUAAAGGAAAACCCCUGGGCUUAGUGGAGGAGAUCCGAGCAAGGAAGGAUGUCAAGGUCUUUAUGGUUACAAAAGAGAACAGAAAUGCCAUUUUGGAUGAAAUUGUUGCUGCACUAAAGGAAAGUCUAAAAUAAAGAUCUCUAAGAAGACAAGAGGAACAGUGGCAUAAAACCUGAGACAAACCUACAUGACGAACCAGAUGCAAAAGUUUCGGCCCCCUGGAACAGUUUCUGAUUAGUUUCAAUAUCAGUGCUGAGAGGAUUCUUUCUGUCUUUUUUUAGUUUUAAGAUCCUUUAAUUAGAUCUGUAAUUAGACCUUGUGUGUUGUAGGACAUCCUUCCUGCUUGUGAGUACUUUGGAAAAGCCUGAAUGUUUCAGCUUUUGGUGUUAUGUUUAAACUUUAGCUUUUUGUUCGUGAAUCACCUCUCAGUGUUUUACAUUGCUGAAAAUAACCUGAGUUGGAGUGACAGCUGUGAAAGAGAGCAGCUGCACUGCUUUUCAUGAAAUCGUUCUAGAGGUUCUUGCUGUAAUGAGUUACUUUAUUCUGCAAACAUCAUCAUGUUUGCAGAAUAAAGUAAAGGGAACUGAUCUGAAUGUUUUUCUUCUUAGGGAGGAGAGUUUCCUUUUUAUUUCUGCCUGCAUUCAAAUUAAAAUAAAAAAAAGAAGUAUUUGAAAGGAGAGCAUAAAUGUGCAAUCAGAUAUUUUAUUCACACCACCAGAGUCGGGCGACGCUAAAACUGCCCUUACUUGGCAGGGAAAAGGGCGAUGUAUAAAAUUGUUCAUUAAUAUUCAGCAAAUCUUCCUGUUACCAUCUUAUAGAAAUUUGUGCUGAAGAUUUUCUUUGAUAAAAUCAAAGGUGAAAUAUUUCCGUAUACCUAAUCUAUGCACAGUGUAAUGUUCUGUUUAUUUGCAGUCAAGGAAGUUUUAGGAUUUUUUUUAAUCUACAGAAAAAACAUUUUAUGCACUAUGCAGUUAAGUCUGACGAUUUUUGUAUGUUUCUUUUCUUUUAAAAAGCAUACGCAGUGCAGCUAGUCCAUUUCAAUUAAUUUCCAGUUUGCUGACAUUCUAAUAGCAUUUGUCCUUCCCAUAAUGUUUGUGUCUAAAACCUUUUUCAAUUUUUUUUAUAAAGACCAGCAUUUUCAUCUUCUGAAUAAAAAUAAUAAUAAUAAUAAUGUUAACUAAUUAUCAGUUUUAAAUUUGAAAUUCAUUCAUCAGGUUUUACACUUGUAGCUCUCUGCUUUGUACAAGGUUCAGAGACAUUGGGGGAAACAAUCUAAGGAAACAACUUGAUUUUUUUUCUAUAACAUUAAACUGUCCUUUAAAACACUGACAGAAUGAUGAAAACAUGAUGAAUUCAAUUAUUUAAAUGUUUUGUUAGGAUUUUUUUUUUAAUAGUGCAGACAGACAGUCAAGAUCAAAAUUGCUUUUUGAUUAUAUUGAUUAACUGUGAGCCAAAUUUUGUACACACAUACAUUAUUAUUAUUAUUAUUAUUAUUAUUAUUAUUAUUAUUAUUAUUAUUAUUGUUGAUGUUGUUGUUGUUUUUGUUGUUUAAUUCUCAUGUAAUUUUAAUGUCUGUCCAAGAUUUAAAAAAUUAAAAUAAUACAAUAAAAAAAGACACUAACAAAAAAAAAAAGAAAGAAAGAAAGAAAGAAAGAAAGGAAAAAAAGAAAGAAAAGACUGACACUAAUAACACAACUCAAUUCAUGGAGCAUCCAGUAGGUGGCGGUAUUUGCCCUGAUGCAUCAUCGGGUAACACCGAGGAAGACGAAGAAGAAGAAGCAUCCCGGAAGCGGAAGUAGAUGGAUUUUUUUCUUAGCGAUCUGUUGUGUAAAGACAAUGGACUGAGGCCUGGAUGAGUAAUAUAAUCUACAAAGUCUUUUAUAUAUAUAAAAAAAAAAAACUGGUAUUGCAUUUUUAAAACCUUUUUUAAAACUUUAUUUUGUUUGCUCGGUUUAUUU